GUGGAUUACAUGGAGCUUGUCUAAGCGCCAUGUAAUAAGCAGCUUGUUGCGUGCGUUUAGUCCGACUUUGGGGCUUCGCGCGAGACCAUACGCGUGCGACUAUAAGAGUUACACAGUAAGACGGGCUCCGCAUCAGCAUCAGCACUGCAGUGUACAGCGGCGAUGUCCACGAUGCAGGGCAGCAGCACCAAUCGCGUGCCUCCACCUCCAGUGCCCCUCGAGGCGACUUUCUUGAUCGUGGGCGCUGGCCCGGCAGGAGCUUCCCUAGCUUGCUUCCUCGCCUCACACGGGUUGAGCGGUGUGCUCGUGGCAGCUGCGCCGGGCACUGCAAAGGAGCCUCGAGCACACAUCACCAACGCCGCCGCCCUCGAGUGUCUGCGAGACAUUGGCCUGGAAGAGGAAGCGCUCAAGAAUGCCACGCCGUCCGAAUGCAUGCAGCACACGCGCUGGUGUCGCUCCAUGGCCGGGGAAGAAUUCGGCAGAAUCUACUCCUGGGGUAACCAGCCGGAUCGUAAAGGCGAAUACGACGAAGCAAGCCCGUGCAGACACGUGGAUAUCCCACAGACAGUGCUAGAGCCCAUACUCGUCAAGCAUGCCUCGCACAGCAACAUCAGCGUGAGGUUUGAUACUUCCUUCGUGGAGUACGAGCGCGAGUCUGCCCGUAGUCCUAUCACUUCUACCGUCAAGGACAACCUCACCGGCCAGACGUACCAGAUCCGCACCAGAUAUCUGUUCGGAUGCGAUGGAGCGAGAUCUCAGGUCAUGAAACAGCUGGACAUACCACUGAUCAAAGCGCCAGGCCAAGGUCUUGCGCUCAACAUUCUCGCUGAAGUGGACUUGACAGAGCAAGUGAAGACUCGCACUGGGAAUUUGCAUGUCAUUUACACCCCCGAGAUUGAGCAUCCGCCAUGGGGCUGGAGCUGUAUCCUCAGAAUGGUGAGGCCAUGGCACGAAUGGAUGUUCAUUGUCCUGCCCGAGCCCGGCUUCGAAAAUUUCAAAGUUCGUCCUUCGAACGAAGAAUAUGAAAAACGUAUGCGGGAAUUCAUUGGCGAUGACAGCAUCCCCGUCAAGAUCCUGGAUGCAUCUAAAUGGUACAUCAACGAAAUUGUGGCAGAGCACUACAGCGACGGCAACAUCUUCUGCCUCGGUGACGCGGUGCACAGACAUCCUCCUUUCAAUGGACUUGGAAGCAAUACCUGCGUUCAAGACGCGUUCAACUUGGCUUGGAAGAUUGCGCUGGUCGAGAAGGGUGCUGCGGAGCCGAGUCUUCUCGAUUCUUUUAGUCCUGAACGUCAACCCAUAGGCGCAGGUAUAAUCAAACGCGCAAACCAAGGGCUGAGAGACCAUCAUGCCGUAUGGGAAGCCCUGGGGGUAUUGCCAAAGGAUGUCGAGGAGCGAAAACGACAACACGAAGAGCUUAAAGCGCCCACGCCAGAGGGACGAGCGAGACGAAAACGACUCCGGGCAGCCAUCGACCACACUGCGCAUGAAUUCGGAGGCAUCGGUAUCGAGAUGAAUCAGUUAUACCAAUCUGAUGCCAUCUACACCUUGGACGAGAAGGAGCCUCCCCGGCCUUUCCCGAAGGACGAGGUUCUCCAGUACGGGAUCUCGACAUACCCUGGUUCAAGGCUGCCCCAUGCCUGGCUGAACAAGAGAUGUCCUGUCAACCCCAUCAGUACCAUUGACCUUGCUGGACAUGGCAGAUUCUGUGUCCUUACCGGCGUUGGCGGCGAAGCGUGGAAGGCGGCAGCGUCUGCAGCUGGCUCACAGCUCGGACUCGAGAUAAACGCGUACUCGAUCGGCUGGUGUCAAGACUAUGAAGAUGUCUAUGGAGACUGGGAGAAGAAGCGCGAAAUCGAAGAGGACGGAUGUCUGUUGCUGCGGCCAGACCGCGUGGUUGCGUGGAGGAGCAUGGAAGCACAAGACGAUGCCGCUGCCGCGUUGAUCAAGGUUCUCAAAGCCAUACUGGGCAAGGCAUCAUAGGCACACGAUGUGCAUUGCUGUAUAUAACAAUCUUCGAGCCCCAACAUUUCAAUAGAAAUAAAUGAAUGUUGCACAAGCCA